AUGGCUCCUUCUCACCGCCGUGGCCCUUGGGUCCCCGAAGAAGAUCAACUGCUGUUGCAAGUCGUCCGCGAACAAGGUCCUAAUAACUGGGUUCGCAUCUCUCAACACAUGCACUACCGCUCGCCAAAACAAUGUCGGGAACGUUUCCACCAAAACCUUAAGCCGUCCUUGAACCGGGAGCCCAUCUCCUCCGAUGAGGGGCUCAUGAUCGAGCGCAUGGUUAACGAAAUGGGAAAGCGCUGGGCUGAGAUCGCCCGCCGACUGGGGAACCGCAGCGACAAUGCCGUCAAGAACUGGUGGAAUGGUAGCAUGAACCGGAAACGCCGUGGUCUUUCUUCAACACCGACAGCCGUCACUCGCACUUUCAGUGGCCGUGUCGAGGCUCCCUAUGCCCGCGCCUCCGUGGUGAGCCCCAGCCGACCUCGUUUCAGCACUCGCCCAUGGGAUACUGAGUCGACCGCUUCCUCCGAUGCAUUCCCUUCCCGUCGGGAAUCCAUGGCCACCAACGCCGCUCGUCAACUCUCCCCCAUCUACACUCUCCCCUCCAUCAACCGGUCGAUCGAAGCCCCCUUGACUUCGCCUUCUUUCUCUGAUAUCUCCAAUGCCACUUCCGUCGAGCCCCCUUCCAUGGUCUCGGAUCACAACUCCGUUUGCUCUUCCUCCCCGCGCACCAUUCCUUCCCCACAGCUACUACCUUUGCCGGUCGAUGUGCGAGGACAGUAUGACGCCCGUCGUCCCAGUGUGAUCUCCGUUCAGGUGGUCGAGGAUUCCCCCAGCUACCCCGCUCGGUCAUUGGAAUCUCUCUCCAAUAUUGCCUCGAAACGGCGAUGGAUGGAGCACCAACCCACCUUGGCAUCAUGGCACCAGCCUACAGAUCUGCCCAAGAGCUAUACGCACCAGGCUCCCCGUGAUACUCGCAUGGGAGUCAACAACCUCCUCAACUAA